ACCAAUCAUUCAUCCACACAACACAAAACAAAAUUCAUCUUCUUCUCUUCCUUUCUUUCUUUAUUAUUAUUAUUUUUUCUUUCUUUUUUUCUUAAUUUUUAAUUUUCUCAAACCCUAUCCUAAACUAAUAUUAAUUCCCCAAAUUCUUUUUCCAAUCUCCUAUGAUUGUUCUUGUUCUUGGUCGUUCCCUCACUUCUUCUUCCUUAUAUAAGACUCCCCCUUUCACUCAAAUUCCAAUCCAAUUCAAACCCAUUUUUCUUCUUCACCCAAAGUUUCAAUCUUUAACCCCAAUUCAACCUUCUUCUUCAUCCAUGGCUACUUGUGUUGAUUCUUCAACCCCUCCCCUUUCUCGCAAACCAAACGUUUCCCAACCCGAUGAUUGUUCGUUCAACUUCGCCAAAUUUUUCCAACCCACUUUCUCAGAUCGUGUUUCAUCCAUACCCAUCUCAACCAAUCAUGAAAAAGCCUCGGUUUUGGAGGAUUUUGAACAGGUUCAUGAUAAGGUUCAAAAUGAGGUUGAUGAUGAUGCUAAUGUUAGGUUUGAUUUAUGGUUGAAGAUUCAAGAAGAAGCAAGGUUAGAUUUAGAUCAAGAACCAAUUUUAUCUAGCUACUAUUUCAGUUCAAUUUUAUCUCACAAGUCAUUCGAAAGUGCUUUAGCAAAUCAACUCUCGAUUCAUUUGAGUAAUUUGAGUCUUUCUAGCACAACCCUUUUUGAUAUUUUCAAGAGUGUUAUUGAUGAUGAUGAAGAUAUCAUAAACGCUAUGAAAUUCGACAUCGAAGCAGUGAAAGAAAGAGACCCUGCAUGUAUAAGCUAUGUUCAUUGUUUGUUAAACUUCAAAGGCUUUCUAGCAAUGCAAGCUCAUAGGGUAGCUCACAAAUUAUGGUUACAAGGUAGAAAAGUUUUAGCUUUGUUGAUUCAAAAUCGGGUAUCGGAGGUUUUCGCAGUUGACAUUCAUCCCGGCGCUAAGAUCGGAAGAGGGAUUCUGCUUGAUCAUGCAACGGGACUAGUUGUUGGCGAAACGGCUGUGAUCGGGAACAAUGUUGCGAUUUUGCAUAAUGUUACGUUAGGCGGAACGGGUAAAGCUUGUGGCGAUCGACAUCCGAAAAUCGCAGAUGGUGUUUUGAUUGGUGCAGGGACAUGUAUUUUAGGGAAUGUUAGUAUUGGUGAUGGUGCUAAGAUUGGUGCUGGUUCUGUUGUUUUGAAAGAUGUUCCUCCAAGAACUACUGCUGUUGGAAAUCCUGCUAAGUUGAUUGGUGGAAAAGAUAACCCUAUUAUGUUGGAUAAGAUUCCUAGCUUUACUAUGGAUCAUACUUCUUAUAUUUCUGAUUGGUCUGAUUAUGUCAUUUAAGAACAUGGACACACAGGAACUGGUUUGGAUGUUGAUUCAGACGAAUCAACGUCCAAAAACGCGUUACUGUGUGUAUAGUUAAAUAAGUUGUUUAGAGAUUAAUCUUGUUAUAUGUCAGUAGAUUUUUUUUAUUAGAUAAUUUUGGUUGGGUAUUUUGUUUGUUUGUUGUAUAAGAGAGUAUUUAGAUUCUCCUGUUAACUACAAAAACAUGCCUCUUAAAACCAUGUAUGUUUGCAAGAACCACUCUUUAUUUGUAUUUUAUGUGCUUUAGCAUAUAUAUGAUAUAUGAAAAUGAAUUUUGCUUGUUUUGCAUUCA